UAUGUGGUGCACACCAGAAUUUAGGAGGGCUUAGUCACACCAAGAAACAGGUCUAAAAAGCACAUGUAUGUAGACACAUCAGGAAGCUGAAAGGAAAAAGACACAUCAGCAUAAAGAAAAAGAGGUCAACUUGACUGGAUUUACCUAAGUGGGAGGAAGUUGUCCUGUGGAAUAUUUUUGAUGAUUUUCUGCCACGUCUCAGUACUAUUGGGUAUCAUAACAAACUCACAAGUCUGCUCUUAGUCUGAUGAUGAGGAUGUUACUUUAGGGUUAAAAUUCCUCACAGUGACACAGUUGUAUGUGCCACAGAAACGACCAAAUUCCAAAUAAUAACCUGGAUGAAAAUAACUAACAAAUAAAGUGACCACCAGGCAGUAAACGAUAUGGAUGUUUUUGGAGGUGCUCCGCGUGUGCUCGGUUACCCAAGGCCAGUUCUGGUGAAAUGUGGAACCGAUGCCAUCCUUAAAUGUCAAAUUGGUGGAGAUCCCCAACCAGAUGUGAUCUGGGAGAGAAAGAAUGAGCCUAUUCCCUCUGAGGGACGUUAUCGUAUCGCCCAGGAGGGCAAAGUGUACACCCUUUCCAUUUCUAGAGUGACAGUAGAAGAUGCUGGACAGUAUAUUUGCAAAGCCAAGAACAAUAUUGGAGAUACCUAUGCAGCUGCUACCCUUAAAGUGGAAGAAGAAGCUCUAGAGCUCCAGAUAACACAACCUCCACCACCACCACAACAACAACUACAAAAUGAAGUAAAUGUGAUUCCGCCAGAACAGGAAAUUACAAUGAUAAAGCAACAACAGUUAGAGAAAGUACACCAAGAAGACCCAUUCCAUGAAAAUAAGCCUCGAUUUCUGAUCAAACCACUUUCCCUAAGAGUAGACCGUGGAGAAGAUGCUGCUUUCUCCUGUAAGCUGUGGGGUGACCCCCUGCCUGAGGUUGUGUGGAAGAAAGAUGGCAAACACUUAAAUGAGAUCUACGAGAGUGCACACUACCACGUUGGCCAGCAAGAUGGUGGCUGGUUCCAACUGAAGAUUUUUAGAACAAGAGCCCCAGAUGGAGGUGUCUACACGUGCAAAGCGAUGAAUGAGUACGGAGAAGCAAUGGUUGGUGCGGUGCUCUUGGUGGAGACCAUUCCAGAGCAAAGACGGGAAAGUGUGACAAACGGCUAUACCAAUGGGCACUGCUCAACACAUCAAAGUAGAGAUGUUCAUACAAAGGCCAAACACUCCAAAGAGCCUCACCUGAAUGUGGCAAAGGCUAAGAAAUUCACUGUGACAGAAGGCAAACAUGCCAAGUUCCGUUGUUAUGUAACUGGAAAGCCCAAACCGGAGAUUGUAUGGAAGAAAAAUGGGGAGGUUAUUGCACCAGGUCGGAGAUAUCUCAUUUUUGAAGACAGAGAAGGAUAUUACACACUAAAAGUGCUGUACUGCAAACAACAGGAUACAGGACUUUACAUAUGUGCUGCUUCAAAUGCACUGGGAAACACAUUGAGUGCUGUGCACCUGUCAGUAAAAGGGCCACCAGUCUGCUUCAAGCGAGCAUUACAAGAUGUGGAGGUUAGGGAGAGGGAUGUUGCCAUUUUGGAAUGUGAGGUUCCGGAAGAGUCCAUUUCCACGGCAUGGUACUUGGAAGAUCAAAGAAUACAGCCAGGGAAUAAGUAUAACAUGGAACAAAAGGGCACACGGAGAUGGCUCACCAUCCAAGAUGUUGGGGCGGAUGAUGAUGGGGUUUACCUGUGCGAGAUGCCUGACGGUGGAAAGAGUAUUGCAGAAUUGGCAGUUAAAGGUACAAUAGUGAAAAAGCUUCCACGGAGGCUAGAGGUAAUGGAGGGAGAGAAUGCAGCAUUCUGCGUUGAGGUAGAUGAGGAUGAGAUGGACAUCUACUGGUUUAAGGAUAGACUGCAGUUAAAAGAAACACAUCAAAUCAUCAUCAAGUCCUUCGGAAAAACCCACAUCCUGGUCUUUGUCAACACAUCGUACGAAGACUCUGGAACAAUCACCUUUAUGGCAGGCAGAUCGAAAACAAGUUCCAAGCUAAGAGUCAAAACUGCUCGACAUUGCCCACCCAUUUGUCCUGUGAGUGUCCAGAUGAACACUGACUGUCCAAAUGGUGCCAUCCUCUCCUGGUCACCAUCGCCCAACUUGCAAAACUCCAGCAAGUCAGUGUGUGUGCUAGAGCGACAAGAAGUAGGGUCUCAGGAGUGGCAGCGAUGCCUGACCACAGAGACUGGCACUUCUGCUGAGAUCCUAGGUGACAGUGUGCCAUGUGAGGGUGACUAUAGAUUCCGUGUCUGCUGCGUUAAUAAAUAUGGCAGAAGUGGCCAUGUGGAGUUUCCCAAAGCGAUACAUCUGGUCCCCGGUCCAAAGAUCAAAGUCCCUCUGAAGAAUGCUGUGGUCACGGAGGGGGAAGAUGCUGUAUUCUCCAUUGAGCUCUCAACUUCCAUGAUCGGCACAUGGUUCCUGAAUAGCAUGCAGCUGCAGGACAGCGAACGCUUCUCCGUAGCCCAGUCAAAGAACCAGCACAUCUUACGUAUUCAUCAGGUGCCUCACGUGUAUGAUGGAGCUGAGAUCACCUUUAUUGCUACUGGUGUACGAGAUUCAGCGGUACUACAGAUUAAAGCCGCUGUGGUGAAAUUUGUACCUCUGUCAGAGAUAGACACCGAGAAGUGCGUUGAGGUGGGAAACCCCAUUGUACUGUAUUGUGAGGUGUCCCACUCCACGGCCACUGUUAACUGGUUCAAAGAUGGACAGGAGAUCAGUGUAGACGAGAAGAUAAAUAUCCAAUCAGACGACUUCAUGCGGAGGAUUGUCAUUCAGUCAGCAGAAUAUUCUGAUUCUGGAGUGUACACCUGCAGAUCGAACAAUGACGUGCUCACAUUUAAUGUGAAUGUUGAAGCGACCCGCUUCACGUUUGAGUGUCUGUCAGAAGCAGAGAAGAACAGGUCUAUAGAGGCUGGAGAUCCCAUAGUUCUCCAUUGUGAGGUGUCAAACCCAGACGCUGAGGUGUGCUGGUUCAGAAAUGGGGAGCCUGUCUCUCCACAGGAUGGAAUAGAAAUCCAGACGAAUGGAAACAUCAGGACGCUGAUCAUCCAGUCUGCAGAUUAUUACGAUUCUGGCACAUAUAGUUGUCAGUCAGCUGAUGAUGUAGCUGUGUUUCAGGUGGACGUUACAGGUCCACCUGUGUCAUUUAAAGAGGUUCCACAAGAAGAAAGGCAGAAAAACACUAUGGAACUGAACCCUGUGGUUUUGACCUGUGAACUCUCACGACCAGAUGCACCCGCCUGCUGGUUUAAAGAUGGACUUGAGGUUCUUCAGUCAGACAAUAUUACCGUCCAAGCUGAAGGCACCAUGAGAAGACUUAUAAUCCGUUCAGCCAAGAUUGCCGAUGCUGGGACAUAUACAUACCAAGCAGGCGACAAUGCCAUGUCGUUUUCUGUCAACAUUAAAGAACCCCCAGUUACAAUUGUGGACCCGAAGGAUGACGUACACAUCGAACGAUAUGUCUCGGAGGAAAUCGUCCUGAAAUGCGAGCUCUCUCGUUCUAACGGAGACGUUCAGUGGUUUAAAGAUGGCCUGAAGCUUCAGGAGAGCGAAAACAUCCUUCUCAGUGCCGAGGGGCCAUACAGGAUGGUGACUAUUCUCCAUGCUUUCAGACGGGAUUCUGGGGAGUAUGUAUGCGAUACAGGGGACGACUCAGUUUUCUUCCAGCUCAUUGUCACAGAGGCUCCAGUGCGUUUUGUGUCCCCCAGUGAGCCAGAGGUAGAUGUGUGUAUACUGAGUUCUGAGAGGCUGGUCCUCAGCUGUGAGAUAUCCAAAGCAGAUGCAGAAGUCUGCUGGUAUCGUGAUGGCAUGGAGGUAGAGGAGAAUGAUAACUUGAUACUGGAGGAUGAUGGGAUUUACCGCAGACUGGAGAUUCCAUGCACUACCAUAGAUGAUUCUGCAGAAUAUGUAUGCGAGAUAGCAGAUGACUCUGUCACGUUUUGGGUGAAAAUAGAAGAGCCGCCCGUUCAGCUUUCUUGCUCCAAGGAGUCAGGUAGUUUAACAGAGAGUUUUACUGGUGAUCCUGUGGUCCUGGAGCUUGAGGUUUCCCGUAAUAAUGCAGACGUGUGCUGGAUGAAGGACGGAGUUAAGGUGGAGGAGAGCAGCAACAUUACAAUUACUGAGAACGGCCUUGUUCGCAAACUAACCAUCCAUUCACCAACUCAAAAGGAUUCUGGGAUAUAUACAUGCAAUGCUAUAGAUGACACAAUGGAUUUCCUAGUCAAAAUAAAUGAGUCACCGAUAAAAAUUCUAAAGAAAGAUGAGAUCAAGAUAGAGCACAAAGUUGCAUUGUAUGACGACAUUGUGUUAGAGUGUGAGCUGUCCCAGGCCAACAGUGUGGUCAAUUGGUAUAAAAACGGCAGUCCUAUUGAGGAAAAGGAGCGCUUUUGUUUUGAAGAGGAAGGGACCUUCAGAACCUUAGUCAUUCUUUGUGCCGAGCUGCAAGACUCUGGAGAAUACGUCCUCGAUGCAAAUGAUGAUAAGAUUUCAUUUCAUGUCACAGUACAAGAGCCUGCGGUGAGGAUUAUUGGAAACUCUGGUGAGUCCGAAUACCAGGAGAUGGUGACAGGCGAUGACCUCAUCUUAGCUUGUGAGGUUUCUCGAGCCAAUGCACCCGUUACGUGGUUCUUUAAUGAUAAACCAUUGGUCCCUAAUGAGCGGAUGCAUAUUGAGAGCAAUGGGACACUCCGGAGACUGACGUCAUCCAACCUCCUCCUCUCUGACUCUGGGAAAUACAUUUGUGAUGCUGUUGACGACAAAAUGAUUACUGUUGUUAAAGUUCAAGAGCCCCCAGUUGAGUUCCUCAACAAAGAAGAGGUGAACUUAGUGACUGGUUACGAAGCAGAGUCUUUAACCCUGACCGCCAUGGUUUCUAGACACAAUGCCCCAGUUCGGUGGCUUAAAGAUUGGACUUCAGUCAGUGGAGAACGCUUCUACAUAGGCAGCGAGGGCCUGACCCACACUCUCACCAUCGACCCAUUAAAGAGGCUCGACAGUGGAGAGUACAUGUGUGAUGCAAACACGGAUGAGAUGCACUUCAGUCUACUGGUUAAAGAGAUGCGUAUUAAAUUUGUAAAACCACUGGUUGACACGGUGGGUCAUAAAGAUGGUAUGGUCACACUACGCUGUGAGUUGUGCAAGCCAAAAGCUGAUGUCCAAUGGCUUAAGGAUGGAGUGGAGAUCAUUCCCAGUCGUCGCUUCUCUAUCCGUGCCGACGGGCCAGAGAGGAGUCUUACCAUCCAUCGUAUCUCCAAAGAAGAUGCCGGAGAGUAUGCUUGCGAGUCCAAAGAUGACUGCACCCGCGCCAGAUUAAGGGUGGAAUUGCCCCGUGUGGUGGAAUUCCUCACAGAGCUUCGCAAUACUACGGUCAUGGAGGGUGAGGAUGCUACCUUCAAGUGUGUGGUCUCCCCUGAUGAUGUUCAGCUGGUCUGGCUCAUGGACGGAGAAGCCAUCAAUCCCAGUGAUCGCUUCCAUAUCGAACAGAACGGCUUAUGUCACACUCUGAUUAUCCGGAAGGUCCAGCAUCUGGAUUCUUCCCGAAUCACAGCAGAGGCUGAGGGUGUCAUAUCUAAAGCCAGCCUCAAGGUCCAGGAUGCACAGGUGUUGUUUACCAAAAGAAUGGAUGCAGUGAUGGCUGAAGAGUUUGGAGAGGCUACGUUGGAGACAGAAGUUAGUCUGGAGUCUGGAGAAGUGCAGUGGAUGAGACAGGGGGUGGUGAUCCAGCCAGGACCCAGACAUAAACUGACUCAGAACGGCUGUAAACGCAGCUUGACCAUCUCUAACCUCAACCUGUCCGAUCGAGGCACAUAUCGCUGUGAGACCCUUCAUGAUCGUACGCAGGUCAAACUCAACGUGGAGCCGAGGAAGAUUGUCAUACGCAGGGGGCUGAUGGAUGUUGAGACAUAUGAGAGAGAGACGGCAUCCUUUGAGGUGGAACUUUCGCACGCUGAUGUGGAGGGCGUGUGGCAAAAAGACGGUCUGCGUAUAAAACCUAGUAACACCUUUCGCGUUAGUUCCAACGGACGAGUACACGGCCUCACUCUCUCCAACCUCAUGGUGGAGGAUUCGGGGUGCAUUGUCUUUAUGGGAGAAGGUCUGAGAACAACUUCCAGGCUAGUAGUGAAAGAACCGCCAGUAAUGAUCAUUAAGAGGCUGUCUGAUGUCAGGUGUGAAGACGGAUCUUCAGUCACUUUGGAGUGUGAGCUGUCUAGGCAAAAUGUGGAUGUCAUAUGGCAGAAGAACGGGUUAGAGCUUAAAUCCACCAAGGCUUUGAGGAUUUAUUCCAUGGGACGUAAGCGUUGUUUACAGAUCAUGGAGUCCAGCGUCAGUGACUCGGGCGUUUAUACCUGUGACCUAGGUGAUCUCAACUCUUCCUGCAAACUUGAGGUCUAUGAACGCGAAUUAGAGAUCAUAACUGGCUUGAAGGAUCUUUGCAUUAAAGAGGACCAGAAUGCUGUUUUUAUGUGUGAGGUGUCUAUGGAAGAAAUGCCUGGGGAGUGGUACAAGAAUGGCAGCAGGAUACGUCCAACCAGCACCAUUAAAACUCGUAGAGAGGGCACAAAGCACUUCCUACUUAUAUGCAAUGUGAAGGCAGAAGAUUCUGGGGAGAUCAAGUUCGUUUCCAAGCAAAUCGAGUCGAUUGCUCAUCUUGAGGUCGAAGAGCUCCCUGCAAGCAUCGUCCGUCCCCUUAGGGAUCGCACAGCACUAGAGAAACACAGAGUCAUUCUCGAAUGCACCGUGUCAUCCCCAAGGUGUGACGUCACAUGGUAUAAAGAGGGCGAAGAGCUGGAAUCCACAGAACACAUGGAAAUAAUAGAAGAGGAUUGUUACCAUAAACUGAUCAUCCACCAGGUGGCGCUGGAGGAUGAAGGAACCUAUAGCAUUGAGGUUGGAGAGCACACGUCAACAGCCAAGCUACUGGUAGAAGCCCAGUCUAUCCAAGUGAAAAAGAAUCUAGAAGAUGUGGAGGUACGGGCUCCUGAACCAGCUUGCUUUCAAUGUGAAGUAUCUGUGACACUCGUCAAGCCCCCCAUCUGGACUUUGAAAGGGGAGACCCUGCAGUCGGGACCUGAUGUGCGAAUAGAAAACCGAGGAAGUGUCCACAAGCUGACGUUCAGAAAAACCAGCUGUGACAUGAGCGGGAUAGUCCAGUUUAACACAGGGAAAGCCAAAAGCAGUGCGAAACUCACAGUGCUGAACUGAAAUAUGCAAAGGUCAGUUAUGAGGACUGUACAAAACAGGAGAAAAUUAUAAAAAACUGGAUGUGUGAUCACAUCCUGAUAUUCUUAGUAAUAGUCUUUGAUGUGUUAAUCUCACGUUCUUAACAAAGAUUCAACAAUGGUAUCGAAAAGGUUGUUAAACUGAUAAUCACCCAAUUCACCCAAAAAUGAAAAUUCUGUCAUAUUCACCCUCAGAUUGUUCCAAACCUGUAUACAUUUCUUUGUUCUGCUAUAGAAGAUAUUUGUAAGAAUGUCAGUUACCAAACAGAUCCCAUCCCCCAUUGACUCCCAUAGUAUUGAUUUUCCCUACUAUGGAAGUAAAUGGGGGAUGAGACCUGUAAAUUGAAGGUGAACAUGGAAAAUGUUAGGACAACCCACAAUGGUUAAAAUGUAAGGGUACCCCUUAUCUGUCUUUUGUAGUAUGAAUGAAAUAGAAGUAUGUGGAUAAAACAAUUUGUUUUUUAUUAUUUAUGAUCUUUAAUAUUUUACUGACAAAACGGCAAUUAAUAUAAU